UGCCCAGUUUGAUUUGACGUCUCCUGGAGAAAGGAAGUGGCUUGCUUGCAGCAGUUGAAAUUCGUAGUACGUUUGAGCGACAGGACGUGGUUGGAGUUGUUCCGCGGAAGCAACAACAGCAAUUAAAACGAAUUUGUAGCCACGCUAUGUUGCACUGGCAUGUCGCAGGAAAGCCUUUAUUGAAUAUCUCACCAAAUGUAUUACAAGUGAAUGUAGCAGACUAGGAAGUAGGAUCGCGGGCCUGAAGAAAAUGGUGUCCUCCUGGCUAAUGUACAUAUUUGUAUAUGUAUUGGUCUGUGAUGGAGUUGUAGCACAACUGGAAAAUCGGGUGGUUUUCCUGUUCAACACCUUUCAGAAUGUGAAUGUGAAUGAGAACGAGACAGUGCAGGCAGUGGUCUCCAGAAUCCCCCCUGAAGUGKCCUUUAUCACCCUCCAGUUCCACACACAGCACAGCAAUGCUACGCUGUCCUACACCAGGAUGCCAGAGAGAGGGCUGGGCCUCUCUCUAACAGCGGUGGACUCAGGCCUUCUCUCACCCCUGAUCCCCGGUCAGACCAAGCUCUUCUGGUUCCUGCUGGCCCCUGAUGGGGACUCUGUGGCCGGCACUGGGGUCAUCCUCCCCUACACCAGCUCUGACCCAGUCCCUGGAGCUUGUAAUCUGGAGUUUGACCUGGACAUUGACCCAAAUGUCUAUCUCCACUACAACCUUUUUGAGACUACUAUCCACUUUGCACCUGCAAAUAUUGGAUAUUCAAGGGGCUCCAAUCCGCCUGCCUGUGACACUGAAGUGGGUGAAAACACUCGCUGGCGCCUGAGGUACGACAUCUACCAGUACUUCCUGCCUGAGAGCGACCUAUCAGAGCAGAGCCUCAUCACCAGCAUCCAGAGUGUGGCCAGUGUGCAGACCAUGAGAGAGCAUGGGAAAAGGCUCAUGACACUAUCAUCCAAUGAUAAGACAGAGGUAGUGUUUAGCUCCAUCCCGGGCCAGGGUGUUAUCUACUCUGUCAUAGUCAGAGACCCAGUGCUUAACACCUCUUCCUCGUAUAUCCCUGUCCACACCUACGCCUGCAGCUUCUCCUCCACCCUGGAUGGCUGUGACACUCUGGGGAAGAUAUCCACAAGGAUCUUCUUCACCAUCGCUGGUUUAGCUGGCCUCUUCGUGUGCUUCUUUGGGCACUGCUUCUUCAAAUGUGAGCUAUUCUGUAUGGGCUUUGGCUUUGCAGCGUUUCUUUUUUUUGUCCUGAUCACAAGAACUACAAAACUGGACUAUGACAUCCGCCUGACCCUGACAGCAGUGAUUGGCGUAGUUGGGGGAGUUAUCCUGGUGAUGAGCUGGUGGCGCUUCGGCUCAGUUAUGUCCUGUGUCGUCGUCGUCGGUCUCAUGCUGGGGUUCCUCAUCUCCUCCAUUGUCUUUUUCACGCCUGUCGGUGACAUACAGGUGUUCCGUUCGAAUGUGGUGUUCUGGGUGACGUUCAGCUGCAUCGUGGUGGUGGUACCACUCUUCUUUGUCCGCUGGCCAAGAGAGGGUAACAUCACUACGUGUGGUGUAGCUGGAGCCUAUGCUGUGGUGCUGACUGUGAAUGCUUACAUCUAUACCAGCCUAUCCUACAUCACUCUUAACAUUCUCAAACGCUUCCUCAACGACAACUUUAGCAAGGCCUUUACUGAUGUGCCUUUCCAGGACAUUGAUUUCAUCAUGAUCACAGUGUGGGUGGUUCUGGGUGUGUCUGGUAUCGUGCUACAGCUCUACCGGGAACGCACACGGCCCUUCUUCCCCCCCAGCCCUUACCUCAUGUGGCUGCAAGAGCGGGAGCGCCGCAAGACCAAUGUUCUCGACCCAAGCCACCACACGUCCUCACUCCCUUCCCGUCUCCUCGCCCGUGCCCGACAGCUGACUGGCAGGAGAGAGUCCGCUGGCGAGCGCACACCCCUCCUCCUUUAAACCCACCCACUCAACUUAGACCCAUUUUACCCAGCCAGGUAGACAGAUUCACCCCACUAGGAGGGUGCUAUGGGGCAUGGGCUCUCUAUCUACAGGGAAGCACCAUUGCGUUUGGAGUCUUUCUAUUCCAGGUUAUGGAUGUUUUGAUUCCAUUGAUGAUGGUAACAGUUCAUUAAAGUAUUAUUUAUAUAUGCUCUGGGAGGAACUUUGCCACAAAGUGCACACAGAGAAUUUUCAAAGCAUUAUUUUUGAGCAUGAUUUGUUUCACUUCCUCAGUCUUGUGGUAUUUGGCUGCAUUUUCUUAGAGGGUACUGAGGAAGCUGUUACCGCUGCCACUUAAUAUUGUACCAAAAUAGUUGGGCACCAUCUCUCCUAGUACAUCACAGUUCCUUUAAACAACUAGGGUUACAGCAUACCGGUAUGGGCAACAUAUGUGUUUUAAUAGCAC